CUUCACCUCUGCAGACAGUUCUCGCGUAGAGCGACUUUCGCCUCUGAAGCCGGGAACCAGCAGACAAUCGCGAAGUUCACUUUCCACGGAUGACGGUGGUGAGCCUCCGUUCAAACGGUUGAACGAGCGGUCGAGUAGCGAAGCCUUUGUCGACGACGUCUGCAGACAAGAAGCUCCUUGUGUCGACGAAUUCCAAUCGGAGAGUGCGGGUACGUCCUCAUGUGAGCAAAGCGACUCUGAUAGCAGCUCAAGUGACAAAGGAGGUCCCCAAGGAAGCGAAUCGAGUGAUGAGUCAGAUGACUUUGUUGCUUCAGACAGCUGCACUGGGCCAGAUGAGGGAAUAGCCUUCACUUGUAGUCCAACGCUCACUCAUGUACUUUCUGAACAACUGUCGGCAAGUGAAGAGUUUGCUGUAAUUGCUUCCAAACAUAAUAUGACGCAUGCGUGCAUUAACGAUGUCCUCGAUUUCUGCCGGCGAAGAGGCAUCUCCGACCUUCCAAAAGAUGCUAGGACAGUUUUGAAAACUGAGCGCAAAGCACAGGUGGAGCAAAAUGGGUCAUUCGUGCACUUUGGUCUUGCAGAAGGAAUUCGUCAAGUGUUGCAGCCGGGGCAAGUAGUUCCAAGUGAACUGAAGCUACAGGGCAACAUUGACGGAGUCCCUCUUUACAAAAGUAGCCAGCUCGCCUUUUGGCCCAUUUUGUGCCGCAUAACAAAUGUGGAGGCAUCACCGCCAUUUGUUGUCAGUGUGUACUGUGGUGCAGGGAAGCCGCCAUGUCUGCAGGAUUAUCUAGAGCCAUUUUUGCAAGAGGUCUCCGACCUAAUCUCUGAGGGGAUAAGCAUAGGAGAUGUUCAUGUUCGGGUGAGCAUUGGAGCCAUGGUUUGCGAUGCUCCUGCAAGGAGCUAUGUCAAAUGUAUUGUUGGCCACACUGGCUAUUAUGCGUGCGAGCGAUGCAACCAAAAAGGGCAGCACCUUGAGAACAGGGUGACAUUUCCCAGACUUCAUGCAGCUGCACGGACGAAUGCAUCAUUUCGAUCUCAAGAGAACAAGCACCACCAUUCUGGUGUUUCACCAUUCCUUUCCCUUGACGUCGACAUGAUUGCAUUCUUCCCAUCUGAAUACAUGCAUCUCGUUUGCCUGGGAGUCAUGCGACGACUUUUAAGGAAUUGGGUAUGCCAAGGCCACAGUAACAGACUGAGCAGACUGUAUCGCAAUCAACUGAAUGAAAGCCUGCGAGAGGCAUCCAAGGCCUUUCCAACAUGUUUCCAGCGGAAACCAAGGGGUACAGAAGAGCUUGAUCGGUGGAAGGCAACAGAGUUUCGGACAUUCCUCCUUUAUGUGGGGCCUGUUGUCCUAAAGCCUCUUCUGCCUGCUUCUCAGUACAAGCAUUUUGUAAUGUUUCAUGUGGCGGUCAGAAUUUUAGCAUCGCCUCAGCACUACCGUGAGUACAAUGUUUUUGCCAAAGAUUUGCUAAGGUAUUUUGUUCAGGAGCUUAGUGAGCUAUACGGGAAAAAACAGCUCGUGUACAAUGUACACUCACUAAUUCAUCUUGCUGACCAGUGCCUAGACCAUGGCCCUUUAGAUGAGUUUAGUGCAUUCCCUUUCGAAAGCUACCUUGGACGAAUUAAAAAGUUGCUGCGAUCUUCCAACAAGCCACUUUCGCAGCUAAGUAGGAGAAUUUCUGAACUGAGGCACUCAUCCAGGAACCAAGUCAAGCAGAAACUGCAACAUGUGAAGCCUGGAGACUGCUUCCUGAUUGACAGUACUCCUGUGGUGGUUCUGGAGAUAAUGGCAGACCACUUCAAGGGUGGGAUUUUGCCAAAUGCCAGGGACUUUUUCAAACUUCCACUGAAGUCGUCUCAGUUGAAUAUCUGGCGCUGCAAUACGUUGAGUAACGAGAGAAAGGUCUGGCAUCUUGAUGACCUUCGGAACACAGCUCGGUGCCUGAGGCUAAACUACAAGCAAGGACAUGUUGUUAUUCCUCUUUUGCACUUUCACUGAAGCUGUCAGUGGCCGUUGGGCUUGUAGUGACCCAAACUGCCUUAGUCAGCCGUCCAACUGCCACAUAGCAUGCCGUUCAAACACUUACGGCAAGCAUGCUGAUAGCUGUACAACCAGGACACAUUGCAUGUCAAUUCUCCAAGGUGCUACACCAGCUGUCAUUCACGCUUCUGCUGUGUUUUCACCGCAUCAGGCUCACACUGCCAUGCCUCUUCAGAAGUCACUGCUCACACUGGGGCGCAUCACAACCUCCAUGACUUAGUUACCGAGUGGCGCAGCAGAGCGUCUGAGCCAUCCAGUUCCCCUGCAUCACGGAUACCACCUGAGCCUGCACCUAGCUUUCUGAAACUUCAGUUGUGCCUUUGAUAUCUCCACUUUCUACGUGUUGAAGUGCACUUCAUCUGGAACAAGUUGCAGCACGGAAGACUAAACGGCCCUCUUCAGGGCCACCCAAACUAUAUGACUGGCAGGGACGUGGUAACUCCCAUCUCUGCCUUCGUACACCCUCUAGAAAAUUAGCAUGUGGUUACGUUUGUGUGUGUUUGAAUAAAAUAUCAUUGAAUAUCUUGGUAAGUGCUUCUGAAAGAAAAAUUAUACAGAACAGUUCUUUUCGAGAAUACACAGAAGGAAAGAGCAAGAGAGUAAACAAACCAUCUAUUUAGUAAUCACAAAUAAUGCCACUAUGGAUGAAGGGAAACAAAAACAAAACAAAAAAAACUUGGCAACAUGAACAAGAAACCAGAGGGUUCCACAUUUUCUGUGAUCAUGACUAACAGACCAAAAUGACAAAUGUAAAGUCAUUGUUGCACUUCAUUCCACAAGCAGUGAGUGCCUGUUAAGCUAUGCUGUAGACAGGUUCUGCGUUCCAGUGAUAAGUGCCCUGUUUGUGCUAGCUUAAUAUGUUCUCAAAACUGACGGGAAUUAAUUUCUGUAAUUGGCAUGUUUUAAAUAGAGCUGCUUUGUUUUAGAAACGAAACCAGCAUAAAAUUCAGGAGGAUAGAAACAAAAGAAGUGACAGAACAAGAGUUAGACUUGGAGAUUUUAGUUUAUCUUCACAAUUCCCAACAUGGCAUUUUUGGCACACAAGAGUUAGGUAGCUCAAAAGGCUGAUAUAAGUGUGGGAAAGUUCG